UUUAUCAACACGCUCGGAAGGUGAAUGGAAACGAAGCGGAGGUGGAUGCAUAAUGAAGAAAAGCAUCAGAAAACGAAGAGUGAACCAUUAAUCCGUCAAAUCAUAUCGCCAUUAUUCUGUGCUCGUUUUUUGUUUGAAAAAUCCGUAUUGUAUAUAUCGAAUAACAUUAAUUAUAGCGCUGAAGUAAAAUGGAGCGACACAUAAAGCUAAAAACACUAAAUAUGCAUAUUACUUGCGAAAUAUGCUCAGGAUAUUUCAUCGAUGCUACUACAGUGACUGAGUGUCUUCAUACGUUUUGCAAAAGUUGCCUUGUGAAGCAUUUAGAGGAAAAUAAUACCUGUCCAACUUGCGAAAAUGUUAUCCACCAGUCUCAUCCAUUGCAAUAUAUCAGCUUUGACCGGACAAUGCAGGACAUUGUUUACAAACUGGUUCCCAAUUUGAUGGAAAAUGAAAUGCAACGAGAGCGUGAGUUUUAUAAAUCUAGAAAUCUUCAAUGUCCUAAAGAUAUGCCUCAACAGCAACAGGACAGUGAUGAUAAAACAAACGAACAGGCACACCAAGAAGCCGAUUACCAUCGGCAAGAUGAACAAGUGAACGUUUGUCUGGAAUGUAUUAGUAACAAUCUUAGGCAUUUGAAGCGAAGAUUCAUACGCUGUAGUUCACAGGCCACUAUAACACAUCUCAAAAAAUUUCUCGCCAAGAAAGUACUCAAUGGCAUUGAGCGUUACAAAGAUAUCGACAUUUUAUGCAACGAUGAGUUACUUGGUAAAGAUCAUACUCUCAAGUUUGUUUACGUAACAAGAUGGCGUUUCAAAGAUCCUCCUUUAAGGCUGCAAUAUCGUCCACGUGUUGACAUCUGAGUAUGGAAAGUAUUUAGCUUAUAAUGAUAGAAAUAUAACACAGUUUAUAACAAAUCUUUAAA